AUGGCAUUGAGGUUGCUCUUCUUGCUCAGCUGGCUGUGCGUAUUGCUGCCGUUUGCCGCAUCUUCGGAGCUCGUUGUCAGAAAUCUGCCUGGAAAGACGUCCGAUGAGACCAUACAUGAGGUCCGCAGGCGGCUUGCCAACAGGGUGAAGAGAGCCGGCACAAAUGUCAUAUUUGACAAUUCGACUUCCUUUUCCCUAGGCCUCGACGGGCAAACAAUUUUCAAGUACCCUUUUCUCGAUGACAGCCCAGCGACUGUCACCAUCGUAUGCACAAAAUGCUACGUCAAAGGCCAGGCCAGCGCAAAGCUCACUGCCCAAGGCGAUUUCAAUGUCAGUGCUGCCAUUGGCCAAGCCAAAGACAGCUUCGAGAACACAUUCAACAACCUCACGCACUGGGCCAAGGACUUUGCAGAGGAUGCUUUGGACAAUUUCACAAUCACAGACAUCAAAGGCACAUUCAACAAGAUUGGGGAAAUUGGCCCUCCGCCUAUUGACCUGAAUCUCGACCUUAAGCUGCCAGAGUACAACGUGGCCGUGAACUUGACAGACCUCGAGAUCUACAUGGAGAUUGACACCAUCCUUGCAGCCAGCAUGACAUACACGUUCAAUAUAUAUCAAUCCAAAACGAUUGUCGGCGUGGCUCUUGAUGACGACUUUCUUCUGGGUGCCGUCUUCUCUAUUGAUCUUAUUUUCAGCGUUGACAGCGAGAUCGAUAUCCGCAGCGGGUUUCACGUCCGCUUCGACAACAUAGUAACCCAGAUUGCCUUAUUUAGCGAAGAAGCCUCGAAAAUAGACUUCGAUGGAGGCAAGAUUGCAUUCCUCCCCGUAACAAUUCAAUACGGCCAAGUCAUCCUAAAGGCAAUCCUCCGCGUGGAAGCCCGCAUCGGCAUCGCCUUUGAAACCUUUUUGAACUCCCUCGACACAGAUGUCCUAGGACCCCUCAAAGUCGGUGCCGGAGUGGAAGCACGCAUAUACGCCAACGUUGCAGAGUUUAUCACAAACAUCACCCUCAACGAAGUCGACUCUCUCAAAAAGAGAGAUGACGGUGACACCGACACUGACAACUGUCAGUUGACCAUAGACCAGGGCUUCACCUUUGGCAUCGGUGCCGCAGCUGGCGCCUCUGUUGAACUCCUCGGCAACACCUGGGGCCCUUCGCCAGAGACGGAGAUUCCUCUCUUCUUCACCACGCUGGCAGCAGCUUGUAUUACCAGCAAGUCGUCACCACCGACCAUAGUCACAACAACAGCCACUACAACAGCUGCGUCAUCUGCCCCCAAGAAGCGUGCCGAUGGCCCCUCUGUGACAAGCACAGUCACCACUGAGACCGUAUCAGCCACCGUCUGCGCCUCCUCCGGCCUGAUCAACUGCCCAGCCUCCAUGCAAAGCGUGCAAAGGACCGUUGUCACAAAGACGCUCACGUCGACCAUCACACCCGGCGUGUCUGUUGCUUGGACUACAGGCCCCGCAUCCACCUUCCAGACGGUCGAUUUCCAGGACGACGCCGUGACCAUGACAAGCUCAUCCGGCAAGCCAAAAUCAUACACUCCUCCUCCACCACCACCACCAACAAACACCUCAUCACCCUCGGGUUCAGGCUCAGGCGAUUCAUCAACGGGAGAAAAGCCCGGGAAGCACCGCGUAAGCAACGCCGUCAUCAUCGGCGUCAGUGUUGGUCUCGGCGUCCCAGUCCUCCUCGCCGUCAUAGGAGCAUUCAUUUACUUCUUCCGACGACACCGCAAGGCAUCGUCCACAUUGGUAAAAGCAGAGACUACCGUUGUGGGCACCAAAGCACAACCAGUCGUGGCUACUUAUGCCCCAGUCCGCCCUGAAGAUGAUUGA